AUGUCUCCCCGAGAAGGACAUCGCGAGCCACUGCCAUUGAUCUCAACUCCGGACCUGGACUCCAAAGAGCAUGGCGCCAUCGCAUGCGCCGUCGAAAUGACGCUCGUACACAACUGCUUCAUCCGUGCCAUCAACAGCAUUUUCUACUAUGCUCCAUACGUCAGCGAGCCUCGAGACAUCAAGGACUUCCUGCGCUUUUGUCAAGCCUUUGUCAGUGAGAUCAGUCUGCACCACAAAACUGAAGAAGACAUCAUUUUCCCCAUGUGGGUCAAAGCCUCCAAUACUCCCGAUCUGAUGAAUGAGAACAUCGAAGAGCACAAGACAUUCGAGGAAGGACUGCACCAGCUAAAGCAGUACACUCAGAACACCGAGUCACAGGCAUACAGAAGCGAGGACCUACUGGCCAUCAUGGACCAGUUCAUACCAAUUCUGGUGCAGCACUUGACGAGUGAGAUUGAUUCGAUCUUGGCGAUGCGAAAGUACGAUGGCGACAAGAUCCUUGCCACAUUCAGAGACGGGGUCAAUGCAGCGGCAGCGGCCGCCACGAAAGACGAACAAUUCCCAUUCGCCCUGGGAUGCAACGAUGUGACAUUUGAAGGGGGCAAGCAUAAGUUUCCCGACGUGCCUUGGAUACUCAUAGCGGUGGUGAAGUACUGGUUUGCCCGUACGCAUAAAGGUGCAUGGAGAUUUUGUCCUUCCGACAUGGGUGGGCAGCCGAGGAAACCAUUCCUUGGCCCGAACGCGCAAUAA